AUGUCGGUGAGCCAGCCGCCGUCGGGAAGAGGUGUGCCUUGUUUGCGCUGCAGAGGGACGUGCGCGGGCUUUGAGCCGCAUUCCUGGAGGAAGAUCUGCAAGUCGUGCAAAUGCAGCCAGGAGGAUCACAGCCUGAGCUCGGACGUGGAGGAUGAUCGGAAAAUUGGGCGCCUGCUGUCAGACUCCAAGUAUGCCACGCUCACCGCCCGGGUGAAAGGAGGUGACGGCAUUCGCAUUUACAAAAGGAACCGCAUGAUCAUCACCAACCCCAUCGUCUCUCGGAAAGACCCCACCUUUGACACCAUCACGUACGAGUGGGCUCCCCCGGGGCUCACCCAGAAGCUGCUCAGGUUUGCUGGGCAGGCAGAGGAGCGGGAAAGGGUUCAGCUCCUCGUGGUGGUGGUGGGCAGCGGGGUGCUGGGUUAUGACAUCUGCAGUUACAGCUUUAAGCGCUCCCUUGGUCGGGGAGCGAGAUCCCACCGCGUCCAGCUGGUGUGUCAGACAGCUCGGGAGAAGGGACACGCGUCCUGCCACGGCUCCAUCCUACGAGCAGAGCGUCGGCUCGCGGAGCAAAGGUACGACCAGGACCCGUCCCAGUGCCGCGGCCUCGCCGAGGGCGAGCUGAAGCUGAUGGAAGACUUCGUGAAGAAGUACAAGGCUGAGGCGCUGGGCGUUGGGGAGGUGGCACUGCCGGGCCAGGGCGGCACUGGGAAGGAGGAGGGCAAGCCACAGGACAAGGACAUCGCUGCCGGCAAAGCCACCGAGUCCACCACCGAGUCCACCAACGGGGCCCCGGAGCGCAGCCCUGCGGCAGGGCACUAUAUCAUCUUCUCGGAGGACUACCAGCAGGCGGAAGGCAGGGCCUGGCACAAGAAGCACUUUGCCUGCCUGGAGUGCGAGACGCUGCUGGCCGGGAAGACCUUCGCCCUGCACGACGGCAGCCUCCUGUGCGCGACCCGCAGCAAGAGAGCAAGCGGCUCUGAGCGGGGAGCGGGUCCCCGAGGGCCCCCGGGGCCAGCCGACGCCGAGGAGCCCGGGUGUCCGGAGCCGGGCGGAGACCGCAGCGGGUGCUGUCGGAGGAAUGUGGUGAGCGCAGUUCAAGGUGUGCUGCAGUUUAAAGAGAGAGAGAGAGAGUCUCAGGGAUUUAGUGGCUAUGAAUCCCUGGUUAACGCGGCGCUUACAGAGGAGUUGGAAAGAGUUGACUACGACAUCGCAGUGAUCGGGCGUUGUGCUUUGAAUCGGUGCACACGCUCACACGCAAGAAUUCCCUUCGAGUUCGGUGUCAAUCAACCCGUCAGCAUCAGCAUGAUGAUGAGCAUCAUGAGCUGGAAGGAGUCCGGCGGCGAGGCUGGCUCCCCCCCCUGCCUCGCACAGGGGUCUGCGCAGAGCCCCGGGGAGGGCAGAUCUGGUGACGUUCCGCAGGUUUCCCUCGGAGGUCUGCGGACGACCCCCGGGCGCUGCGAUGGAUUCACGGGCCCCGAGCGCGCGGGAAGGAGCCCUGUCGUCGGGAGCACAGGGGUGGUGGCAGGGUGA